AUGAAGCCUCUCAUACUUGCAUCGUUCAUUAUUUCUGCUGAUUGGGUCACAGCCGAGUAUGACACAACAACAACAACGUAUUGGAAGCCAUGGACCACAACAACAGCAACCACAACAACAAGAUGGCCCCUAUGGACCACUACUUAUGGUACCAACUCAUGGGAUCCAUACUUUUUGAACUGUGGAGGGUGGAUUACAUCGCCGCAGACCUUGACGUCUCCGAAUUUCCCAGCCAACUAUCCGGGCAAAGCGCGCUGCAGCUGGACCAUCAGGGAUAGAAAGACUGAUGAGUACCGCAAUACUAUUCAUUGUGGGUCAAAUUCGAAUUGGACUUUCCAAGCAGAGGUGUCAAGAAUCGAGAUGAAUGACGAGGAAGAGCAAGAAAGGGUUUUGACCUGGGGAAGAGUUCCCGUCGUUGGUCUUCCAACUCUUCAUGGAUACACGAGCUUGAAACUCUGGACUGAUGGAUAUAAAGAAUUUGCCGGCUUCAAGUUGGAAAUUGUCCCUGCAUAUCCGAAAUACUAUUUGGAUAAAAUUGACGAAAAGAUUCAAAACAUUACCAAUUCUCUUCCAAAGAAUAAAUUCGGCCGGAACACAGCAUUUUAUAGACGAUUCAACGCUAAAAUGACACGGGUUUUGGGAAAAUUUGACUCAUCGAACUUCGAAGAUCUCUGCUACGAAGAAAAUGGCUUCGAAUCAAGGCAAGAAAUCCACACUGAUUUUGGCACCGAAAACCUUUGCAAUGCAAAUCUACAGCUAAACGAUGCCAUUAACAAUUUUGCUGCAAACUUUGCCUGCGAUGGACGAGGCAAACUUUUUCGAAAAAUGACCCGACAUGCUAGAAGAACGAAAGAAUAUUUCAUCAAAAAUUUUUGCUAA